AUGGCGGUGCUCACGGCCGCGGCCAUGAUGCUGUCGACCUUCGUCGGCAGUGUCACCGGCCUGGCGGAUACCGACACCAUCACUUGGGGUGGAGAUAAUUCCAGGGCAGGGUAUCAGACAAACCAUAAUAUGGACCCGGAGGUCGUCGCAAGCGACCAGUUUGCGCAACUGUUCAAGACUCGGCUCCCGGGCAGCUACAACGGUGCUAACGAGCAGAUCUUCUCUCAACCGCUGGUGUACACCCCAAGCGGAGGAGACGGGACACAGUAUGUAUACUUUGCCACGACACAGAACAAUGUCUACAAGCUGGACGCGAAGACCGGCGAGAUCGUGGCCUCAAGGAAUCUACAUAUUCCCUUCCUGACUGCUGAUUUGGAUGGUUGUGUCGACAUUAACCCUCUCGUGGGAGUCACUUCUACUGGAGUUAUCGACCCGGACACAGACACUCUUUAUCUCACAUCCAAGACCUACGAGAAUCAAGAGGGUGGCACCGCGGCUCAAGGCCGACCUGCUGGACGAUACUACUUCCAUGCUAUUGAUGUCAACGAUCUUACAGAGCGCGAGAACUUCCCCGUCGACCUUGAAGGAACUGUCGCCCGAAAUAACCCUAUCCGAAGCUUCAAUGGCGGUAUCCAUCACCAGCGACCAGCUCUGCUGCACUCAGGCCAGUACAUCUACGCUGGCUUUGCAUCACACUGCGUCCAAUAUAACUUUACUGGUUGGAUCAUGGGCUGGGAUAAGACAACUGGAGCCAUUGUCGAGCGUUGGGCCACGGAAGGUCAGGGUGUCCCCAACACCACUCCUGGUGGCGGUGUGUGGAUGUCGGGCGGUGGUCUGGCUUCCGAUGAUGCUGGCUCAAUGUAUUUCGCAACCGGAAACGGCUAUGCUUCACAGCUUGCGGACGUUCCUGUGAACGGCCGCGACCCACCGACAUCUCUCGAAGAGGCGGCAGUGCACAUGACAAUCAACGAUGACGGUAGUUUGACAAUUGUCGACUUCUUUAUGCCGUAUGAGAAACAAGCCCUCGAUGGUGCCGAUAAAGAUCUUGGAACCAGCCCCUUGGAGAUCCUUCCCAGCGAGUUCGCCUGCGGAGAGUACACACGUAUUGGCGUGGUUACUGGUAAGAGCGGAAAAACAUACUGGAUCAACCUUGACGAUAUGGGCGGAUAUAAGAACGGCGCAAACGCUCAAGAUGCUGUGAUACAAACUUAUCAGAAUGAGAACUCUGUCUAUGCUGGUGCCGGUGUUUAUCCGCUGGAGGGUGGGUACAUCUACAUCAAUGUCAUCAAUUAUCCAAGCCACGUAUUCCAAUUCUCUUGCACUAAUGGCGUGCCUUCCUUCACCAAGGUAGCGGACAGCCCUGCAAGCAAUGCUGGCAUUCUUGGUGUCAGCCAUGGUACUGUCACAUCCCUAGAUGGUCAAGCUGGAACAGGUCUUGUGUGGACCACUGAUGUACAGGGAGACAACCUGCGCAUUUACAAGGCAAUUCCUGAGAAUGGUUAUAUGACAUUGAUCAAAUCUUUCUCCGUCCCCGGCACCACCAAGUUCACGCGUGCCGUCUUUGGAGAUGGUAUUGUGUACCAGGGCACAACCCAAGGCUAUGUUUAUGGUUUCGGUGCGCCGACCAACUCACCUCUGAACUGCACCACUCCGAUCGACUUUGGAACUUCAGAUAUCGACACAGCUACUGCUGAGACAACAAUUACAUGUACGGCCAAGAUUGGUGUUACGGUUACCGCUGUUGAUCUGAACUCCACCGACUUUGGGGUCUCCAGCCUGCCGACUGUUCCGCUUACAUUGGCAGCUGGUGCCGGUUUCAGCUUCAAAGGCUACUUCGACCCCAGCACCAUUGGCUUGCUCUCCGAUAGCGUUGUCAUUGAUACUACGAACACCGAGUCUGGCUAUAGUGUCGUCACGAAUGUCCGCUUGACUGGUACCGGCCAGAGCGAGGACCCUCUUCUUGCGAUCUCCCCUACGACAUUGACAUUUAGUAAGGUCAUCACUGGGUCAUCUGACAGUGGAACUGACCAGUCUGUUCUGUUCACGAAUCAAGGUAACAAUGAUUUGACCAUCUCAAGCAUACAGUACUCAACAACUGGCUUCACUGGCCCGUUCGUUGAUCCAACGACAACUUCGGAUGGACCUCAAGUCGGGUCGUUCACUUUCAAGAAUCUCCCUGCCACAAUUGCCGCAAACACUGAUUCGACUGUCACUGUCAACUUCAAUCCUACCGAGGAUGGAAAUUCCACAGUCUAUGUUGUGGUUGAAUCGGAUGGCGGAAAAAAGAACCUAACAGUUACAGGUUCAUCUGGCCCAGCGCCCGUUGCCAAACUUGAAUUCCAGACCCCUGACGGUACUGGCUGGGUGACUUAUGAGUCCGGCACGAACUUCACUUUCGGCAAUGUCACCGAGAACACGACCCGAUCUCUUAAGUUGCGUCUGACCAAUGCCGGUGGAGACAAUGCCGUCACGCUUUCAGUUACUGUCUCGAAGCCUCCUUUUGGCGUGAGUGGCAUUAUUGGUGCCGCCAACCAAGUCGACCUCGCCGAAGGAACUGAGCUCGGCCCCGGUGAGAGCGCGACCGCUACUUUGUACUGCUCUGUGCCCAAGUCGCAAUGGAACGUCGAUCCUUAUCUUGGUACCGCUCAAUGGACGAUGAACACCAAUGAUCCCGACUUCAGCAAGCAGUACAUGCAAUUCGCUUGCACGGCUGUAUCUGAGCAGGCACCUCCACUCCGGGCUGAUGGCCAGGGUGAGUACCGCUACAUUGGCUGCUACAAGGAGAACAACCCCGGCCGUCAGCUUACAACGCAGCUAUACGGCGACGAUGCGAACACCAAUGCCAUGUGUAUUGCUGCUUGCGCUGAUGCCGGAUAUGCUUACUGUGGUACCCAAUAUCAAAGAGAGUGCUGGGGUGGAAACACAAUCCCAACUCUUGAGGUCGAUGACGAUGACUGCAACUAUGCAUGCUCUGGCGAUAUCAACCAAGUCUGCGGAGGCAAUGGCGUUGGUGAUGAUGCUGGAGGUGCUUUCAUCUCACUGUUUGCGACAGAUGAUGCUCCAACUGGGGGCGGAGAUGGCGACGGAGCCGGCGAUGGUGAUGGCUCCGGCUCUGGUUCCACCCUUGUUACCAACCCGGGUGUCGAUGGCUUCUUCAGCUACGGAUGUUACGCCGAGCCUAGUGGUGGCAGAGCAUUGUCUUCUCUCGUCACGACUGAAAACAAGACUGUCGCAUCUUGUGUCGAGGCAUGCUCCUCUUACAAGUAUCUCGGUCUAGAGUAUGGUGGCGAGUGCUGGUGUGGAAACACUCUCAACUCCAAGGCCACACAGGUGAACCUGACCGACUGCAACAUGGCUUGCACAGGCAAUACUACAGAAUACUGUGGUGGCAGCUCCCGACUGAACCUUUACGCGAAGAACGGUACGACUCCUGGCGGCUCAACUGGCCCUACAAACAAGGCUGCUGUCGGCAGUUAUGGAUUCCAGGGCUGCUACACAGAGGCUACUAGCAGUCGCGCCUUGUCUAGCAGCAGCUAUGCAGAUGAUUCCAUGACUCUAGAGUCUUGCGCUGCGUUCUGUGAUGGUUACACAUACUUCGGAGCCGAGUACGGACGUGAAUGCUACUGUGGGAAUGUUAUCAACAAUGGAAGCGUUCUUGCGGACGAUACUUCGGAUUGCGACUUCCUCUGUGCGGGAGACGACUCGGAGUACUGCGGUGGCAGUUCGAGACUGAACCUCUACAAGUUGGGAGACUCAUCCCCAUCAUCCGCUCCCGUCGGCUAUAUCAGCAUCAUCAACUCAACAAUCCUCAAGCGUGGUGCCUUCUUCAAUAGUCUCCAUUGCAUCUUCAAGUGUAAUCUCAUCAACAUCAUUAUCAUCGUCACUCGUUAUAACCUCGAGCUCUAUAGCUCCGUCGCUCUCUUCCACAAGCUCCGUUGCGGUUCCUUCGAGCUCUGCGACUCCAUCACUCUUUUCUACGAGUUCUAUCGUGGUAUCGACUUCUAG